UCCCGGUCAUUUUUUUUCUACUUUGCCUCCAAUUUUCUGCUCUCUCUCUCUCUCUCAACUCAAUCGUUCUCCAUAUGUGAAUAAACCUCCUCCUCACUUAGGUAAAGUUUUUGUAGAUUCCCGAUUGCUACGUCUUUCCUCCGUCUUCGUUUCCGCUUGGAUCUGUCUACUCUCCUAUUACGAAAUUUGGACUUUGGAGUAGCUACUGAGGGUAUUCGCUAUGUAUAUCAAGCAGGUUAUAAUCGAAGGAUUUAAGAGUUACAAAGAGCAAGUUGCUACUGAGGAUUUCAGCGACAGAGUUAAUUGUGUUGUUGGGGCGAAUGGGUCUGGGAAAAGUAAUUUCUUCCAUGCAAUUCGUUUUGUAUUGAGUGACAUCUUCCAAAAUCUGCGGAGUGAAGAUAGGCAUGCAUUACUCCACGAGGGUGCUGGUCAUCAAGUUGUUUCUGCGUUUGUGGAGAUUGUGUUUGAUAAUUCUGACAACCGAUUCCCGGUUGAUAAGGAAGAAAUUCGCUUGCGCCGAACAGUUGGUCUGAAGAAGGAUGACUAUUUAUUGGAUUUGAAACACAUAACAAAAGCUGAAGUUAUGAAUUUAUUGGAGAGUGCUGGGUUUUCUCGUUCUAAUCCGUACUAUGUUGUUCAACAAGGAAAGAUAGCCUCGUUAACAUUGAUGAAAGACGUGGAACGGCUGGAUCUGCUAAAAGAGAUAGGUGGUACCCGUGUUUAUGAGGAGAGGCGUCGUGAGAGUUUAAAAAUUAUGCAGGAGACAGGGAAUAAACGGAAGCAGAUUAUCGAAGUUGUCCACUACUUGGAUGAAAGACUAAAGGAAUUGGACGAAGAGAAAGAAGAACUCAGAAAAUAUCAACAACUUGACAAGCAGAGGAAAUCACUGGAAUACACCAUUUACGACAAAGAGCUUCACGAUGCUCGGGAGAAACUGGAACAGGUAGAAGUUGCACGAACUAAGGCAUCUGAAGAGUCUACUAAAAUGUAUGAUAGAGUUGAGAAGGCUCAGGACGACUCCAAGUCCUUAGAUGAGUCGCUAAAAGGGCUGACGAAGGAGCUUCAGACAUUAUACAAGGAGAAAGAAACUGUUGAAGCUCAACAAAAUGAAGCUAUACAGAAGAAGACAAAGCUGGAGCUUGAUGUUAAGGACUUUCAGGAUCGGAUUACUGGAAAUAUCCAGUCUAAGAAUGAUGCACUUGAGCAGCUUCAUAUGGUGGAAAGAGAAAUGCAGGAUUCUUUAAAAGAACUGGAGGCAAUUAAUCCUUUAUAUGAAAGUCAACUUGACAAGGAAAAGCAGACAACAAAAAGAAUCAUGGAGCUGGAAAAAAAACUUAGCAUUCUUUACCAGAAACAGGGCCGUGCAACUCAAUUUUCAAACAAGGCUGCCCGAGACAAAUGGCUCAGGAAGGAGAUUGAAGAUCUUAAGCGUGUUCUAGACUCAAAUAUGACUCAAGAGAAAAAACUUCAUGAUGAAAUUCUUCGCCUCAAUACUGAUUUAACAGAGCGUGAUGGACUCAUCAAGAAACAUGAAGUUGAAAUUGGUGAACUGGGAUCUCACAUUUCCAAGUCCCAUGAACUAUUCAAUAUUAAAAAAAGGGAGAGAGAUGAAGAACAGAGAAUAAGAAAGGAAAAAUGGGGAGAAGAAAGUCAACUAUCUUCUGAGAUUGAGAAGUUGAAAAUGGAACUUGAACGGGCAAAGAAAAACCUCGAGCAUGCAACUCCAGGAGAUGUUAGGCGAGGGCUGCACACUAUUCGACGGUAUGUCGAAGAGUAUAGGAUCAAUGGAUUUUUUGGUCCACUUGUUGAGUUGGUUGAUUGCGAUGAAAAGUUUUUCACUGCAGUUGAAGUCACUGCAGGAAACAGCCUGUUUCACGUGGUAGUUGAGAAUGAUGAUAUUUCAACCAAGUUAAUCAGACACCUGAAUUCUAUAAAGGGUGGUCGACUGACCUUCUUACCUCUGAAUCGGGUAAAGGCGCCUCAUGUAAACUUUCCACAAGAUUCUGCUGCAAUACCACUGCUGAAAAAGUUAAAGUACGACUCUAAGUUUGGACCAGCAUUGGCUCAGGUUUUUGGUAGAACAGUAGUAUGUAAAGAUCUGAAUGUAGCAACAAGAGUUGCUAAGAGCAAUGGCCUCGAUUGCAUAACUAUGGAAGGUGACCAGGUGAGCAAAAAGGGUGGUAUGACAGGUGGAUUCUAUGACCACAGGCGGUCAAAAUUAAGAUUCAUGAAUAUUAUAAUACAAAAUACAAAGUCUAUAAAUGCGAAGGUGACAGAAUUGGAGGAUGUUAAAAGGCAGCUUGAUGUGAUAGAUCAGCAUAUUACACAGUUUGUUACUGAGCAGCAGAGACUUGAAGCAGAUUGGACGCACAGCAAAUUACAGGUGGAGCAACUUAAGCAAGAGAUAGCUAACGUAAAUAAGCAGAAACAUGCUAUAUAUAAAGCUCUUGAAAAUAAGGAGAAAUCACUAGGUGAUAUUAGAACACAAAUUGAUCAGCUUAGAUCCAGCAUGGCUAUGAAGGAAGCUGAAAUGGGAACAGAACUUGUGGAUCACCUAACACCAGAAGAAAGGGAGCAGUUGUCACGAUUAAACCCCGAAAUUAAGGAUCUUAAGGAAAAGAAUAUUGCAUACACGACGGAUCGCAUUGAGAGGGAGACAAGAAAAGCAGAGUUGGAGGCUAAUUUGGCUACCAACUUAAAGAGGAGAAGAAAUGAGUUAGAGGCUACUAUAGCUUCCAUCGACGAUGAUAGUUUGCCUAGUUCAGCUGGCUUAAAGGCACAAGAACUUGAUGAUGCAAAAAAUUUGGUUAAUGAGGCCGCAAAAGAGCUUAAAAGUCUUUGUGACAGCAUUGACGAGAAGACGAAGCAAGUCAAGAAAAUUAAAGAUGAGAAAGCAAAGCUAAAGAUAUUGGAAGAUGACUGUAAGGGGACACUGCAAGAUGUAGAUAAAAAGUUAGAGGAACUAUUUAGCCUUCGCAACACACUCCUUGCUAAGCAAGAUGAGUAUACAAAGAAGAUUAGGGGAUUGGGUCCAUUGUCGUCUGACGCUUUUGACACGUAUAAACGAAAAAAUAUCAAGGAGCUGCAGAAGAUGCUACACCGGUGCAGUGAACAGCUGCAACAAUUCAGCCAUGUAAACAAGAAGGCGCUUGAUCAAUAUGUAAAUUUCACAGAACAGAGAGAAGAACUCCAGAAUCGGCAAGCAGAGCUUGAUGCAGGAGAUGAGAAAAUUAAAGAACUGAUAACAGUUCUGGAUCAGCGGAAAGACGAAUCGAUAGAACGUACUUUCAAAGGGGUUGCACGUCACUUCAAGGAGGUAUUCUCUGAGCUUGUGCAAGGUGGAUAUGGUCAGCUUCUCAUAAAGAAAUUUAAGGAUCGUGAUCAUGACGAUGAAGAUGAUGACGACGAUGGAAGUCGUAAAACUGAUGCAGAGGGAAGGCUUGAGAAGUACCUUGGCGUAAGAGUGAAGGUGUCAUUUACUGGUCAAGGAGAGACACAAGCAAUGAAACAAUUGUCAGGAGGCCAAAAAACCGUUGUUGCUCUUGCACUAAUCUUUGCCAUCCAGCGAUGCGAUCCUGCACCAUUCUAUCUUUUUGAUGAGAUUGAUGCGGCACUUGAUCCUCAGUAUCGAACCGCUGUGGGCAACUUGAUUCGUCGUCUAGCUGAUAAAUAUGAAACUCAGUUCAUAACCACGACUUUCCGUCCUGAGCUUGUGAGAGUUGCGGACAAGAUAUAUGGAGUAUUUCAUAAGAACAGAGUGAGUAUCGUGAAUGUUAUUUCAAAGGAUCAGGCAUUGGACUUCAUCGAGAAAGAUCAAUCCCACGACACCUGAUCAAGUCUUAAGGUUGGUUAACACUUGUCAGUACUCUACUACUCUCUUCUGAGCUUCCGUGACACUUGUUUAAGUGGGUUUAAACUUUUAUCAGGUUUGCUUCUAGGAAUAUAAUAUAUCUAAUGUGCAGUUCAGGUUGUAUAAUCAUCUAAGUAUUAAGAACAACGGUUUUCUUAUAUAUUCUGACUGAUACCUUUCUAGACUUUGAUGGAUUUAUAUGGUCAUAUCUAAAUAGUUUAACAUC